AUGGAAGAAACCAACCAGACAAAUGUCCCCUAUUUCAUCCUUCUGGGAUUUCCCAGCGCUGCAGAGCUUCAGAUUCUUCUUUUUGUCCUGUUCAUACUUAGCUACCUGCUGACCCUACUGGAAAAUCUCAUCAUCAUCAUAGUUGUUCGGCUGAACAACAGCCUUCACAAGCCCAUGUACUACUUUCUGUGCAACCUCUCUUUCCUUGAAUUCUGGUAUGUCACAAUCAUUGUCCCUAAGAUGCUGGCAGAUUUCCUCACACAAGACAAGCGUAUCUCCUUCCAAGGCUGCUUGACACAACUGUAUUUCUUUGUCACAUUUGUGUGCACUGAAUACAUCCUUCUGGCUGUUAUGGCUUAUGACCGGUAUUUGGCCAUCUGCUACCCACUGCGGUAUCCAGCUAUCAUGAGUAAUAGUUUAUGUGCUCGGCUCUCAGCGGGAUGCUGGACGUGCGGCUUAAUUACCUCUGCAAUCAAGCUUAGCUUCAUUGGUCGGCUGAAAUACUGUGGCACUGACAAGAUCAACCACUAUUUCUGUGACAUUUCACCUCUCUUGAAUGUAUCCUGCACAGAUUCUUCCAUGGCUGAGCUGGCAGAUUUUAUCCUAGCUCUUAUGGUUAUCAUGGUCCCACUCUGUGUUGUUGUGCUGUCCUACAUCUAUAUCAUCUCAACGGUGUUGAAGAUCCCUUCAGCUCAAGGCAGAAAGAAAGCUUUCUCCACCUGCAGUUCCCAUCUCACCGUUGUGGUGCUGUUCUACUCUACCACACUCUUCACCUACGCACGGCCCAAAGCGAUGUAUGCCUACAACUCCAACAAAGUGGUGUCGGUGCUGUACACUGUAGUAGUGCCUCUUCUGAACCCUCUAAUAUAUUGCCUCAGGAAUAAGGAAGUAAAAGAUGCACUGAGGAAGACUCUAUCAGUUUAA